AUGUCGGUUCACGUCAUGCCCCGUUCUCUCCCCGAGGACAACAACAGCACUAUCAUGGUGGUUACCGUCAGUGCCGGUCUCAUGCUCAUCGUCAUGGGCAUCAUUGGCUAUGUCAUCUUCGUCGCUAAACCCCGUCCCGUCCGCGACAACGCCAACGACAACGCCAACGGUGGCCGACCUGCUCGCAACGGUGCCAACCCCAUCCGCACUCUCUACUACACCAACGGGUCUUGGGAGCGUUUCCCCCAGGCUCCCAUCAGCGAGGGUUUUGCUGUUCAAUACCUUCGCUACAUCCUCCAGCGUGCCCGCGCUGUCACCGGCCGUGACCGUGCCCCCGACAACGAAGCCCAGGACAAUGAUGAGAACCAGAAUGUCGGUGCUCAGCAGCAGCAGAACGCCAACGGCCCCCGCCCGGCUACUGCCUAA